AUGGCGCCAGCACCCAUCAUUCCUGAGAUAGUUGAUGUUGCCGAGCCCCGGAAGGACACCUUGGGUCUGCCCCAGUCUACGGCUGCCCGACUCAAGAAGGCCAACAUUGAUCUCAGCAAUGGGUAUCCGUACCGCCCUUCACGGCCUCUCUACCUUGAUGACAUAUACAAGAUCCGGAGCAAGGAGCGUGUGCACAACGACCCUGGCGCUAGGGCCGACAAGGACAAGAAGUCCCUCUUCUCAGCAGCUACCAAGGUCACUGAUCUGACUGCAUACAUCGGCACUGAGAUUGAAGGCCUCCAGCUCAAGGACCUCACAGACCAGCAGAAGGAUGAGCUUGCACUUCUGAUCGCCGAGAGGAGUGUCGUUUUCUUCAGAGACCAAGACCUGUCUCCUCAGCAGCAACUGUCACUGGGAGAAUGGUUUGGAGAGGUUGAGGUUCACCCCCAAGUGCCUCAGGUACCUGGCCUGCCCGGAGUGUCCAUCAUCUGGCCCGAUCUCAUGGCCACGGAGAGGGCCGCCAACUUCAGGAACCCAGGAGGCGCAUCCCGCUGGCACUCGGACCUUGUUCACGAGUUGCAGCCGGCUGGCUACACGCACCUUCACAUCGACUCUGCCCCUCCAGUCGGCGGCGACACCCUCUGGGCAAGUGGCUACUCCGCCUACGAGAAGCUGUCCCCCGACUUCCGCAAGAUCAUCGACGGCAAGCAGGCGGUGUACGUCUCGGCUCACCCGUACCUGGAGCGGGAGCACCCCGAGGAAGGGCCCAAGCACGUCGAGCGGAUUCACCCCCUGGUGAGGGUCCACCCGGUCACGGGCUGGAAGUCUCUGUUCGUCAACAGGGCAAUGACGCGUCGGAUCGUGGGCCUGGACAAGGCCGAGAGCGACGUGAUCCUGAAUUAUCUGUUCGAUGUCUAUGAAAAGAACGUCGAUAUCCAGGUCCGGUUCAAGUGGACGCCCAACACCAGCGCUAUUUGGGACAACAGAAUUACCAUUCACAAUGCAAGCUGGGACUACGCUGGCAAGCACCCACGACACGGAACUCGUGUAACGUCGCUGGCCGAGAAGCCGUACUUCGACCCGAGCGCGCCAACUCGGCGGGAAGCUCUGGGACAGCUGGGCUCCGAUGAGCUGCAAGUUGACGGACCUGCGUAG